CAGAGCCAAAGCCAAGCCCAACCCGGCCGGCAGCACACGCGACGCGCGCGCCGACGCGACCACACCGACACCGACGCGGCCGGCGAGAUAAGAUAAGCAGCUAGCAGGGAGUGGCCUCCGAAACCGAGAGGACGAGGAGUACACAACGUACGGGACUACGGGGCGCGGGGGCCAUGGACACCUUCUUCCUAUCGCACGGCACGCCCACGCUCUCCAUCGACGACACGAUGCCGGCGCAGCACUUCUUCAGGUCGUGGCUACCGGCGGCGGUGGCGGGCGCGCAGCCUCCGCGUGCCAUCCUCAUCGUGUCGGGCCACUGGGAGACGGCCACGCCGACCGUCAACGUCGUCCGCGGCAACAAUGACACCAUCCACGACUUCGAGGGCUAUGGCUUCCCCAAGUCCAUGUUCCAGCUGGAAUACCCGGCGCCGGGCGCCCCUGAUGUGGCGAAGAAGGCCAAAGAGCUCUUGGAGCAAGCCGGAUUUGGGCCGGUGAAGGAGGACCACGGCCGCGGGCUUGACCACGGCGCGUGGGUGCCACUGAUGUUCAUGUACCCGGAGGCGAACGUGCCGGUGUGCCAGCUCUCCCUGCAGACCGGCCGCGACGGCGCGUACCACUACGAUCUCGGCAGAGCGCUGGCGCCUCUCCGGGACGACGGCGUCCUCAUCCUCGGCUCCGGCAACGCCACGCACAACCUUAGCUGCAUGGCGCCCGUCGCCGAGGGCACGCCGGUGCCCCAGUGGGCGGCGGAGUUCGACGGGUGGCUGCAGGAGGCGCUCCUCGCGGGCGGGAGGCACGACGACGUGAAGCAGUACGAGGAGAAGGCGCCGAACGGUAAGAUGGCGCACCCGUCGCCGGACCACUUCCUCCCGCUGCACGUCGCGCUCGGCGCCGCCGGGGAGGAUGCCAAGGCGGAGCUGAUCCACCAUAGCUGGUACAACGCGACGCUCUCCCACGCGUCGUACCGCUUCACCACCACCACCAAGAACAAACCGAUUGCCGCAUGCAAAGAGUGAAACAUGUCUUGCUUAUAUCAUCGCCAUUUUACUCUUAACAAUUAAUAAUCUCCGUGGGAUCUACGUUAAUAUACUCCUAUUAACGUAGACGUACGUUCGUGCCUGUAUUUCCUAACGGCCGUGUCUUGUGGUUUUCAGUUGCAAUAAACUUGCAUGCAUGGUGGUUUGGGUUGUGGCCCAGCCUCUCAUGGCGUUGAUAUCACUA